AUGUCAUUGAGUCGCGAGGAUUCCGUUUAUCUAGCCAAGUUGGCCGAACAAGCAGAACGUUAUGAGGAAAUGGUGGAGAAUAUGAAGAACGUUGCUUCUUCGGGACAGGAGUUGUCUGUAGAAGAGCGUAACUUGUUGUCAGUUGCUUACAAGAACGUGAUUGGUGCACGUCGUGCGUCAUGGAGGAUUGUGUCCUCUAUUGAGCAGAAGGAGGAAGCUAAGGAGAAGUCUGAGCACCAAGUGCAGUUGAUCCGGACGUACCGGUCUAAGAUCGAGUCUGAGUUGACCAAGAUCUGUGACGAUAUCUUGUCUGUUUUGGACACGCACUUGAUUCCUAGUGCUACCACUGGGGAGUCCAAGGUGUUUUACUAUAAGAUGAAGGGUGACUACCACCGUUAUCUGGCCGAGUUUUCGUCUGGCGAGGUUCGUGAGACUGCUACGCAGUCGUCCUUGGAGGCUUACAAGGAGGCCUCGGACAUUGCUACUACAGAGUUGCCUCCAACACACCCUAUCAGGUUGGGUUUGGCGUUGAACUUUUCUGUGUUUUACUACGAGAUCCAGAACUCGCCCGACAAGGCGUGCCAUUUGGCCAAGCAAGCUUUCGACGAUGCCAUUGCUGAGCUAGAUACUUUGUCCGAGGAGUCGUAUAAGGACAGUACCUUGAUCAUGCAGUUGUUGAGAGAUAACUUGACCUUGUGGACCUCCGACAUGUCGGAGACCGGUCAAGAGGACCAGCCUGUCGAGGGUGCUUAA